GAGAGCGAAACUCUCUGAAUUUAGGAACAGACUCUGACUUUAUUAACACCCAGAGUGCACUCUGAGCACACUCUGGCUUUCCAGAGUGAAUUUACAACACACCCUCCAUCCCUUUUGUUCCGCGUAGCCUACCACUGAAUCAGAAGCAGAAUACCGACAUCUAGUGGUCAAAGGGCCUGUUAUCUUGUAGUGCACACACAGGACCCAGGAAUGGAAGGAGAUGGACAUUUACUACACAUGGAAAUACUGAACUGGGGUGGAGAGAAUAAGAAAAUAAAUACAUCCAGAAUUAAUUUAAAUCCAGAACUUGUUUAUGUUUGAUUCAAUUCAUAAUUUCAGGAACAACCCGUCAAACAAAAUGUUAGUUUUAAACAAAAUACCUGAUUUAUUGCUGAAAACAAAAUGAUCCAGUACCAUACAAGUAUGAAUUGUAAUCAACACAAGACCUCUCACACAUCACUGUACCUUCUAUCAGUUGGCAGGAUGGCCAUCCUUAACUGCAAGUCCACAGACUCGCUGGUACAUGGUUGUCUAUAAAGCCAUCUAAUGGCAGCUGCCAAUAAAUUGAAGCACUUUGCUCACCCUACAGAGUAAUUGACAUUACCAUCUAAGAUCACAGAACUGUAUUUUAUAUCAUGUUCCCAACACAAGACCUUAGUCUGGUAAAAGCCUUUAGCUUUGAUGCCCCAUCAUCUUGGAACACUUCGCAAAAGGACAUUAAACUAGAUCAUUUUAUUCUGCUUGAUGAUUUGAAAUCCCAGAUUGGAUGUCUGUUGACCACAGAUUGCAUAUGUUUUUAAACCUUUUAAAUGAUAUUAUGCACUGUUUUAACUUGCAUUCAUUGUUAUGUUUUAUGUUGUGUUGUCUCACGUGUAACUUAAUGUAUGCUGCUUUCUUGGCUAGGGCUCACUUGAAAAAUAUAUUUAAAUCUCAUUGUGACUUCUAUGAUUAAAUAAAGGAUAAAUAAAUACAAUUAAAAACAAUUCUUACACCAAGUACCUCACAUCAUGGCAGAAUAUUCGUGUGGUUUUACUUGUGCAACACGACUGCUUUGUAGACGGUCUGGAACGCGGCCUACAUUUAAUUGUGGGAAUAACAUUAGGAGGGCUCCUUACGCAUAUUUCGACCUGUAGCAGCAGCUACCAUCAGCUGAUCCUAAAUACUGCUUUCCAAAUCAGCAAAGAAAACACAAACAAAAGCUAAAUGUUUGAGGCACGAUUGACCCCAGCUUUAAUACUAAAGAAAGUUUUGAACGCUCUGAAAGACCUUAUCACUGAAGCUUGCUGGGAUGUGAGCUCCUCGGUUAUCUCCCUCCAGAGUAUGGACACAUCACAUGUUUCCCUCGUGCACCUCAACUUGCGAAGCAAUGGAUUCGACUGGUAUCGCUGUGAUCGCACACUCGCUAUGGGAGUCAACCUAACCAGCAUGUCCAAGAUUUUGAGGUGUGCAGGGAAUGAUGACAUCAUCACCCUACGUGCAAAUGACACUGCAGAGACUCUUCUGAUGUUUGAGACUGAAAGUGAACAUUUAGAUCAAAUAACCAGUACGGCUGAUCUUUACCCUCAACUACCUGAACUUCUUCUCCAGAGCUACUCCUCUCUCUCCAACACGGUCACCCUCUGCAUGUCAGCUGGCGUCCCUCUAGUGAUGGAGUACAGGAUUGCAGACAUCGGCCACAUCAAGUACUACCUGGCACCUAAAAAUUUACGAGGAUGCAUCCUAAUCAUCAACCUGACCUAACGCACGUUUGACAACACCUGGACUGAACCCUUUUAAGAAGACUGUCUGGUGCUAGUGGAAGGUUACCUUUAAAGACGUUUGGCGGUUCUGCACUUCCCAAUAUGUAUCAUAUCAUGGUUAAUGACAAUAUAACUAGAGCGAGGUUUUAUGUUUUACUUAAGAGACAUUGAAGUUGUCUGGUGGAUACAGUAUGUUUGCCACGGAUUGUUUAUCCUCAUCAUACUGCUCCUCUCAAUAAUGUACUCUAGGCUAACUGUUUAUUCCUAUUUUACCCACAUACUUUGUAAAUAUGCUGUUUUGUUACACACAAAUAAAAUUCUAUAGAAGCUUAAUUCAUUAUGGAACAGUGUUAUAUCCCUCAUGUUGUUCAUCAGAGUAUUUAACUAGAGACACUGUGCUAUUGCCACGUAUGGCCACUUGAUGGCAGUCAAGACCAAGCAAAAAUUGUCUAAUACAUGUAAAAUUGACUCCAGUCCAACUUUUCACUGCUUUCUAUCCUCUGGGGUUAUCUGGUAAAUUGAAGUGAGUACAGUCACACUCUUGGUAUUAAGAGUAAUUAAGCUGUAAGCUUCGUUAAUGUCUGAUUUAAAAACCACAACAUAGCCUGCUGCUUAACUGCUCAGUGCUCAGCCCUCAAGUAUUUAACAGCUUAGGAUGGAGUUCAUUAAAGAGUGAAA